CUUGACGGAUCUGCUUGCAUUUGCCACACAAACAAAAUCCCAGAUUUUUCCAUUUCCUCUUGCUGUUUUCUUUUGCUAAUCUCCUCACUUGCCAAGUCCCUUCCAUAAAAGAAAUGGCAAGUCAAGUACUCACCCAAGAUCAGAUCACCCAGUUCAAUGAGGUCUUCAACCUUUUCGAUAAGGAUGGCAAUGGUUGCAUCACUACUGGAGAGCUUGGGAGCGUUAUGCGGUCACUGGGGCAAAACCCAACUGAGGCAGAGCUUUUGGAUAUGAUCAAGGAGGUUGAUAAUGAUGGUAGUGGUACCAUCGACAAACCUGAAUUCCUUAAGUUGAUGGCAAGGAAGACGAUGGACUCUAAUUUCGAGAAGGAGCUCAAAACGGCUUUCAAAAUGUUCGACAAUGAUCAAAAUGGCUUCAUUUCCGCAGCUGAGCUCCGUCGUGUCAUGAAAAAUCUUGGUCGUGAUAAGCUGACAGAUGAGGAAAUUAAUGAGAUGAUUCUUGAGGCUGAUUGCGAUGGCGAUAACCUGAUCAACUUUGAUGAGUUUGUCAAAGUCAUGAUAGCCAAAAGAGGAAGGUCGGGAGAUGAAGAGAGAAAUGGCUCAGCCAACAGACACUCAAAGGCCAGAAAGAAAGGCCAUCGUUUCUGCUGUAUUCUUUAGGUGCGACCAAACUUAUAUAUAUAUGGUCGUGCUUGCUUCAUGUUGUCAUCCAAAUAACUACUCUAGUAUCUUAUAAUAAAGUCCUAAAGUUCUGAAUA